AUGGCGACCACGGAAGCCUGGGAAGCUCGAUGGGAGCAGUUGCAGGCCGCGCCGGACCUCAUCUUGCUUUGUGUCGCGAGAAGCAAAGCCCAGAAGAUGCGGACAAGGCCGCGAAUAUCGUGGCUUCUCAGCGCAUCGAGACUAUCGAUGCCCAGCUGGCACAGCUCCUCGCCGAUGCCUCAGCUUCAGCUUAUGAUCUCAUAUAAGAAGCAGCCGGUGUUGCUGUUGAAGACGGCUUGGCCAGCCCCACGCACCUGCAGGAACGGCCCACCUGCCGGAGCUCAACAGUUUCAGCUGCUGUCUCAGCUGUUGCGACUGGAGCAAGCAUUGCGCUUCACUGCCCAAGCCGCCGUCCAGACGGAAUCGGAAGAUAAGAACCUGCGCGAGACAGUGGAGAAGCAGGAGUUUCAGCUGCAGCUUGCGGCAGGCGACAAGUUGAUGCUGAAGGACGAGAACAGUAAUUGCCGCAGGAUUGCGCUGGAUGCGCUCAAGGAGAAGAACGGCUACAAGGCGGAGCUCGCAGCCGCGCAGAGGCACCUUGGCUUCCUGACGGAAGGGGAGGAGCUGGAGAAUCAGGAGAAUGAGGCGAUUCUUGAGGUGGGAUCUUUAUCGCGUCUUCCGUCCGUUCUCCAGUGGUGCCACGUGUGGCCACAGGACUCGGGAGAGCAGGCUCAUGUAGCUUUGCUCUAUGAGGACGCAGACACAGUCAUUCUAGUGAUCCGGAAUGGCGAGGCACUUCUUCCCCGAGCUGCAGACGGCCGCAUCAUCCUCAAGAACGAGGACAUGGUGGCAGCGUACGCGGCUCAUUUCGGGCAAACUCCCACGCCGGAGCAGCUGCGGAAUUGGGUGAAGAACAGCCAUGGACAGGCGAUCUCUUACAAGGAGGCCAGGAACCUGAUAGCCUCCGCCAAGGAAGCGAAGAAGCAGGCAAUGCUCUUCCUGUGGUUUUAUGGGCUCGUACCCGCCGCCUUGCCCUCGACUCCGGUGCAGAUCGUGUUGAACGGCUCGCAGGCGCAAGAGAAGUGCGUGGGCUGGUCGUCUCGUCGACGCUCUGCCUCGGACAAAUCUGCACAGGUCUUCUGGACCUCAGAAAUGCAAGAAGAUUUCGACGGUCUCACGGCUGUGGCAGACCGUGCGAACUUGCGAGCUGCGAAGCCUCGCAAGGUGUUGUGUUUGAGAAAGACGACGGAAGCCGUCCAGACCCCGGCUGCGCAGCUGGGCUCUGCAGUCGUUGCUAUCCUGCCAGUGGCCGCUCCGCAGUAUCGCGACACAUUUGCUGGGCGCCCACAAACAGUGGCGAAGGAUGUGUUGAGUCACGUUGUGCUCCAAAGCGGCGUUGAGGUCAGCCUGUUCAUGUGCCGCAAUCUGAGUGUGAAAGUCGCCUUGGCUGCGUGGAUGCGGAGUUUGCUGGGCCAAGGCAGUUUACAGCCUAUCAACAGUGUGCAGGAAGGCAUGGCACAGAGGAUGGAGGAUUUCGAGCGACAGCUCGCGAAGGUUGAUGAGUUGACCUGCCGGAUCGAGGCCAUGGCGAACACGGUGGAGGCAAACAUUGCUUCUACACGUGAGGAAGGCUCCAGCUCGAGCACCACCACCGAUCCCAGCAUCUUACACCCUGUCCUCACUAUGCUGGAAGGCUUGUCAAAGAGGAUGGAGGAUUUCGAGAAGCGGUUUGCGAAGGUUGAUGAGUUAAGUUGCCGGAUCGAGGCCAUGGCGAACACGGUGGAGGCAAACAUUGCUUCUACACGUGAGGAAGGCUCCAGCUCGAGCACCGCCACCGAUGCCAGCAUGAUACCCGUACAGCCGGUCCUCAGCGUAUUGGAAGGCUUGAUGAAGAGGCUGGAGGACUUCGAGAAGCGGCUCGCGAAGGUUGAUGAGUUAAGUUGCCGGAUCGAGGCCAUGGCGACCACGGUGGAGGCAAACACUGCUUCUACAUGUGAGGAAGCCUGGGAAGCUCGAUGUGAGCAGUUGCAGGCCGCGCCGGACGUGAUCUUGCUUUGUGUCGCGAGCCGCGCGAAGCAAAGCCCAGAAGAUGCGGACAAGGCCGCGAAUAUCGUGGCUUCUCAGCGCAUCGAGAAUAUCGAUGCCCAGCUGGCACAGCUCCUCGCCGAUGCCUCAGCUUCAGCUUAUGAUUUCAUAUAA